AUGCCAUUCAAUCCCAAAGAUCAUGAGAUUCCCGAGGCUCCUCCACUAGAUACAUUUAAAACAGAGAUUGAUACAGCAACAGAACCUUUUGAGGAUUUGGAAUUUCCAGCUGAGACAAUAAGCGUUUAUAAACCAAAUCAAAAACCACCUCCAGGUGCUGCUAGGAUAAAGAAAUGGCUCCGACCUCACCAGGUGAAUGGUGCUGUAAAUCCAGAAUUAUUCGUUGAUGAUGUAAAUGUUCUUGAUGUACAACAAGGAGGUCUAGGUGAUUGUUGGUUUAUUGGGUCAUUAUGUAUUCUUGCAGAUUCAAGACACAGAAUUGAACAGUUGAUUGUUUCAAAACCAGAAACUAAGGAAAGAGGAAAAUAUUCAUUUAGAUUCUUUAGGGAUGGUCAAUGGAAAAAUGUAUCAAUUGAUGACAGAUUACCUUGUGAUCUGAAAGGGAACUUGGUAUUUGCUAAAAGCACCAACCCAAAUGAAUUUUGGGUUCCGUUGUUAGAAAAAGCCUAUGCAAAAUUUAUGGGAUCUUAUGCAAGUCUUGAAGGAGGAUUUACUAGAAAUGCGCUUGUUGACAUGACAGGAGGUUUCUCUGAAGUAAUGGAUAUGAAAAAGAAAACUGUUUUGGAUGUGUGGAACUAUGUCAGCAAGAGAACUCAGCAAGCUACUCUUAUUGGAGCUAGUUCAUCAUCAACAACAGGAGAAACUGGGAUUGGAAGUACAGGCCUUAUGGCAGGACAUGCAUAUGCCGUUAUUGACUGUUUUGAAGUUGCAGAUGUAAAAUUAAUUAGAUUGAAAAAUCCUUGGGCCAAUGGAGAAUGGAAAGGUGCUUGGGCUGAUAAUGCAGCGGAAUGGAAAAACUCUCCUAAAGUUGCAGAGGUUGUAAAGCCUUCUUUUGCAGAUGACGGAACUUUCCAUAUGACCAUUGAGGAUUUUUGUAAAUAUUUCACUACAUUGGAUGUUUGUAGACUAAUUAAUUACCCUGUGAAUCCAGAUACACCAGCUGUUGUUGAAUGGAAAUGCCAAACUAGGUUAGGAAAUUGGAAUGGUGAAGGAUUGUUCACUGCUAAUACUAAAGUUUCUAGGAGAGGACCUCAAUUCACUUUCACUCUUCAAGAAACUUCAGAUGUAAUAAUAAGUUUGACACUACAUUCAUCAAAGUACUUGUCAGAUGUUAAGGACAAGGACUUUCCUAUCGGUUUCCAUGUAAUGAAAUCUGAUGAAAAUAAGGAUAGAUGCUUCUUUGUCAAACCAGCUAGUAUUAUGUUUAAGAGUACAUUUGAAUAUAGUAGAGAAAAUUCAAUGAAAUAUAAUCAAUUAGCAGCUGGAAACUAUUUGAUUUGUCCAUCAGUGUACUUUAAGGAUAAGGUCGGAUCUUUUGUUAUUAGAACAUUUAUUCGAUCAAGCUGUAAGGGAUUCAAUGUUGAAUUAUUGCCUGGUGAAGAGGAAUAUUAUCAUUACGUUGCUAAGGAAAGUCAAUGGGACUUUUUAUCUGCUGGUGGGUGCAUGAAUUCUUGGAGGUGGAUAAAGAACCCACAAUUCUUACUGACUUUGAAGAGUAACGAGAGUAAAAAAUUGCGAGUCAGAGUAGGAGUGGAGCAAGUUUCUGAUCAACCAGAGUUUACUGGAAUGUACAUAUUACAGGCUAACGACAAGAACCCAACAAAACCAAUUUAUGAAAAUAAGGAGGCAGCCAAACCUCUUCAAUUCAUUAACAGAGCGGACAAUAUUAGUGAUGAUGCAUUCGAUCUGGAAACAAAUAAGAAUUAUGUCCUGAUUCCAACAACAUUCAAAACUGGUAUAGAGAUGAAGUUUACCACCAAGGCCUUCAUCCAAAAACCUCCAGGUCCACCAGUAACUGUCGACUUGAUUCCUCUCACAGAUUCUAUUUUCAAGAGAAAGUAUUUAGAAUGUGAAUGGACAAAAGAAACAGCAGGUGGAUGUCCAAAUAAUAAGGAAACAUUUUGGAAAAAUCCAAAAGUCAUGAUUUCAGCAGCUAAGGAUUGUGAAGUGGAUAUCUUAUUAUGUCAGGAAGAAAAGGAUGGAAAACUGGCCGGUGUUGGGUUCCAUGUUUUUAAGGGUGAGAUGAGAUCAGCAUGUCAAUGUGCAAAAACCAAUUCUUGGGGAUUCAAUCGAGUUGCAGCUCUCACAAUUUCACUUCAGGCCAAUAUUGCUUACUACAUUCUACCAUCCACUUACAAUGCAGGUGAUGAAAGAAAAUUCACAAUUGUGGCAGUUCAUUCAAGUGAUGUUAAAUUAGGUCUCUUAUAA